AUGUCUUUCUGCGAAACCUCAAUGCCUUCAGGCCUCAGUCCAUCACAAAGACUACAAGUGAUGGGUACCUAUAUGUACUCGCAAUGCUCGACAACAGCUCUUACACUGGCACGGUCGCUGCUUGGUCAAAAGAGGAAGUGCGACAGUCCUGAAGACGACAACCACGACGUCGAUGAAUCAACAACCGGAUCCGAGGCACCUGCACCUUUCAGAAAUCUCCGAAAGCGCCCACGAGUCUCUUACGUGGAACCCACCGAGUUCGACAUCGAGAGCGACGCAGACUCGGGCUACAACUCGGACUCGUCUGUCGAGUGGGGCUCUUGUACGAAGCAAACCAAGAACAAGCGCCCACGCGAGAAGCCUGUAAAGCCAUUCCCUUUCUUGUCAUUACCCACCGAGCUGCGCAACAAGAUUUAUCUGCUGGCUCUGCAGGACCCUGAUGGCAUGGUCCUGAAUGAAGGCUGGCGUGCCUACCGUCGCGUGCCUCAGCGUGGCCAAUAUCAUCGUUACAACAACAAUAAUGACAGAUAUGAUGGUCUAGCGAAUCUGAACUUCACCCGCAAUGUUGACUCUCAGGGCAAUCGCUUACCGGAUUCGACUGUUUGUACUCUGCUGCCCUCGCUGCUCGCUGUGAGUAAGCAGAUCUACGCCGAAGCUGCAGCCAUCCUUUACGCGCAACCUCUACACUUUGAGAAUACAACAGCGUUGCACAGCUUCCUAGCUCCACUGAGCAGCCAGACCGCAUCCCUCAUACGCAGUAUAACCAUUCAUACAUACGAGACCUGGGGCCGCGGAAUACGCAAGGCAAUGAACGUUUCGGCAUUGACUCUUCUCCGCAGCUGUAGCAAUCUCCAAAUGUUACGUAUUGAAGCCUUCGAUCACUAUAAUCACUGGGGACGGUACGGUGCUAGGCCAUCCGCACAAGAAGCUGGCAAGCGCGAAGGCUCUCGGAUAGCACAGCAAAUCUAUCGCGAUGCCGCAUUUUGGUUGGACACCAUCGAUGCAGAAAAGGCACUACAGAUCUUGGAUCUCAAAGGACUGCAGCGGGAGAUUCAUCCCAACUCUCAGCACCCGCAGGAGUAUGACAGGGCUGUGGAAACACUCAAAGUGGCCAACAGUGCUUAUGCGGACGAGUUGACGUCUCUGAUCAUGCGAACAGGUAAGGCUAAGAAGAGCAGCAGAAAGUCCAAGGCAGCCUUUUCUAGUGACUAG